CCAAAACAUAAUGCAUUGCUAUCCUUGGAAGAGUAUAAGGGUGAGUCCCUGCGUCUCACAUGUUCUCUCCUUGCCGCAUUUCAUCAAACACCUUUCAUGCGCAAAAUCGCACACAUUUCUACAAAGGAGAUUUCACUCCAACACACACACUGAUGUCGCCGUAAGUACUACAGCUUCAUGUUUCAAAAGCCUCAAUUCGAACCAACAAAACCAAAUCCAUCUCUAUGUUGAUACCCUUCUUCAAUGGAAUCAGAAAAUGAACCUUACAGCAACUAAAGAAGCUGAUGAAGUAAUGGAGAGGCAUAUCGAAGAUUCUCUUGCGAUAUUGCCUCCUAUAAAGCAAUGUUACAGCUUGCGUUCCAAUGAUUUGUUUGAUCACAUCAGUUUGAUUGAUGUUGGAAGUGGUGCAGGCCUUCCUGGGUUGGUUCUAGCCAUUGCUUGUCCAGAUUGGAGAGUUACUCUACUGGAGUCUAUAAAUAAGCGUUGUGUUUUUUUGGAGCAUGUCGUCAAUGUCACCGGGCUUACAAAUGUUAAAAUCGUAAGGGCAGAGCAGAGGUAUAGUUUUAGGCCUCUUUUAUUUUGUGUGAUAGCUGUCGCGGAGAUGAGAGUCUUAGCGGAAUAUUGUCUUCCCCUGGUUCGGAUUGGUGGAUUCUUUGUAGCUGCUAAGGGCCAUGACCCUAAGGAGGAAGUUCAAAAUGCAGAAAAUGCAGUUCACAUGUUGGGUGGUUCCAUAUUACAAAUUAGUCCAGUGGAUUCACAUAGCCCAUAUGGACAACGAACAACGGUUGUUUGUCGUAAAGAUCAUUUCACCCCACAAAAAUAUCCUCGUGAAGCAGGUACUCCUUCUAAAUUACCCUUGUAAUUUAUCUCUAAUCACUUUCCUUUAACCUUUGUUUGUAAAAUAUUUGAAAACAGUAGUUAUAUUACUUCUCUUGGAGUUCAAUUUUAACCUUCAGUUUAAUGUCUGUUUAACUUAUGUGUUUCCAAGAGUUAAUGUAGACAUGGCCUCUGAAUGUAAUA